AUGUGUACCAGCCUGACCACUUGCGAGUGGAAGAAAGUCUUCUAUGAGAAGAUGGAGGCGGCCAAGCCGGCCGACAGCUGGGAGCUCAUCAUAGACCCCAACCUCAAGCUCAAUGAGCUGGCCCCCGGCUGGAAGCAGUACCUGGAGCAGCAUGCCUCGGGCAGGUUCCACUGCUCCUGGUGCUGGCGUACCUGGCAGUCGCCCCACGUGGUCAUCCUCUUCCACAUGUACCUGGACCGCGCCCGGCGGGCGGGCUCGGUGCGCAUGCGCGUCUUCAAGCAGCUGUGCUACGAGUGCGGCACGGCGCGGCUGGACGAGUCGAGCAUGCUGGAGGAGAACAUCGGGAGCCUGGUGGACAACCUCAUCAGCGGCCUGCGCGAGCAGUGCUACGGGGAGCGCGGCGGCCAGUACCGCAUCCACGUGGCCAGCCGCCGGGAUGGCGGGCCUCACCGCAGCGAGUUCUGCGAGGCCUGCCAGGAGGGCAUCGUGCACUGGAAGCCCAGAGAGAAGCUGCUGCAGGAGGACGCAACCUUCUCUGGUGCCUCCAAGCCACGGGCCCAGGAGGCAUCGGACUACAACUUCUUCUCCCUUCGCUGGGGCCUCUUCUGGGCCUCACUGUGCCUGCUCGUUGUCUACCUGCAGUUCUCCUUCCGAAGCUCGACCUUCCUGUAG